UGGUUAGGGUUAGUGUUAGGUUAGGGUUUAGGAUGUAGAGUUGAAGAAGAUGAGGUAAUUUAAGAUUUUUUAAAAAGUGAUGGUGUGAAGUGAGAAGAAAUCAAAAAAUUGAAAAUGUGUGUGGUGUAUAUUGAGAAAAUGAUGUGUACUAAAACAUUUGAUGGUGUGUAAAUAGAAUCACUCGUGUGUGAGGAGAGAGAAAGUGGUGUGUGCAAAUAGAGGCUCCCAAACGUGUGGGGUGUAAUGUAAAUAGAAAGACCAAACUAACCCUCCUAUUCGAUGACCUAACUUCCCGAUUGCGAUUUGCAUUGCUCAAAUGGUCAAAGCCUCGCGCCUAUAUAUAAACACUAACGCCUUCCACUCCCGCCAGCUUCUUCAUUUGUACGAACUCGCUACAAUUUCAAAAAGUUUCAAAAUCAAGUGGGCUCUGAAUUGCUCUCUCUCUCUCUCUCUCUCUCUCUCUCUCUCUCUCAGUUUCUCUGUGAAAUCAGUAAACAUGGUUGUUUUGCAGAAAGUGAAGGAAUCGGAGAUCACCGAGCAGGACUCGCUUCUACUGACGAGGAACCUGCUACGCAUUGCCAUUUUUAAUAUUAGUUACAUCAGAGGCCUUUUUCCUGAGAAGUAUUUCAAUGAUAAGUCUGUUCCUGCCUUAGAAAUGAAGAUAAAGAAGCUUAUGCCGAUGGAUGCAGAGUCACGGAGACUGAUUGACUGGAUGGAGAAAGGUGUUUAUGAUGCACUGCAGAAGAAAUAUCUGAGGACACUCUUGUUCUGUGUUUGUGAAGCAGCAGAAGGUCCAAUGAUUGAGGAAUAUGCAUUUUCUUUCAGUUACUCGAAUUCUAAUAGCCAAGAGGUUUCAAUGAACAUCAAUCGCACUGGAAACAAGAAGCAGGGAGGAACAUUCAAGUGUAACUCCAUGGUAGAAGUUACGCCCAAUCAGAUGAGGAGUUCUGCUUGCAAAAUGGUCCGUACACUGAUUCAAUUGAUGAGAACUCUGGAUAGAAUGCCAGAAGAGCGCACUAUUGUGAUGAAACUCCUCUACUAUGAUGAUGUCACGCCUGUGGAUUACGAGCCUCCAUUCUUCAGAAGCUGCUCAGAACAAGAAGCUCAUAAUCCAUGGAAGAAAAAUCCUCUGAAAAUGGAGGUUGGGAAUGUCAACAGCAAGCAUUUUGUAUUAGCUCUCAAGGUUAAGAGCGUGCUCGAUCCUUGUGAGGAUGAAAAUGUUGACAUUCAAGAUGAUGCUGUGAGCUUGGGGGCUGAUUCUGUACAAAGGGAGUGUUCUGAAUCUGACAGUGAGGUUGGCCUUUCGGAAGAUGACCAAUACAUAGUUGCACCGAUAGAUAAUCAACGGGCUAAUGAAAAUGGUGGGAUGGUUGAUGAAGAUGAUACUCAAGAUCCAGCAGAAGAUGAACAACAAUUAGAUCGGGUAAAGGACUGGAUCAGCUGUUAUCACCUUGACACUAUUGAACUCACCAAUGUUCUCUCAAAUUUCGCCGACACCUCAUUGGUUUUGAUUGAAGAAAUUAUGGACAAGCUAGUUAAGGAAGGUAUUCUAUCUAAGAGCGGAACAGACAGUUACACGAUUAACAAGCAAAAGAAAUUCGACUAUGAUUUCAAUCCUAUAAAGGAAGAAAUGGAUGGCCAAGUUGUCCCAGGCAAGAAAGCCCAGCAUGAUAUUGGUGAAGAUCACAUGUACAUGAAGGCUUUGUAUCAUGCUCUUCCGAUGAGCUACGUUACUGUUGCAAAGCUUCAGAGCAAGCUUGAUGGAGAAAUCAACCAGACUACUGUGCGCAAGCUAAUUGAUAAAAUGAUCCAUGAUGGGUUUCUUGAUGCCAAAGGCAGCAGGAAGCUAGGCAAGCGCGUGAUCCACUCUGAUCUAACUGAGAAAAAGCUAAUGGAAAUCAAGAAAACUAUGGAUAUUGAUGCCAUGGAUGGGGAUAUUAAUGAGCACAAGUCCAGCCAUGCUGAGUUUCAGAAAAUGGGAAGCAUCAACAGGGAUAUGUCCACCUGUGGUGUUUUCCAUUCCAUUGGAUCAGACCUCACACGCACAAGAGGCAGGUCCGUAGCACAUCAAAAUGGCUCUAUAAGAAGUGAGCAGACUGUUUCAAGGGCAAGGGAUCAUGGAAACACCCCCACAAGCCGGGCUGAGCCAGUAGCUUCCAGAGAGAGUUUUGUACCAGGGAAUGAGAAUGCCAGAGCAAAUGGAAAUGCCGAUCACUUCGAUGGGGUUGACACAGGUAUCUGCAGUAUGUCCACCCAGGACAAGCGGUCCAGGAAAGCAAGCACGGUUAAGGAGCCUAUCCUUCAGUACAUGAAGCGCCAGAAAUCUCAAGCUCUCUGAAAUGCUUUGGGGUAUGGUAUGCCAUCGUGACCAUUCCCUAAUCAUUUUUUGAGUUCUGUUUCCACUACUAGUUGAAUAUGCAGAAACAUUUUCUACAUUCUUCCCUUUCUGGUUCUAUACCUCUUUUUUUUUUUUUUUUUGGUUAUUAAUUAGAGAAAAUGUUAGAAUCAUGACAAAUGAAAAAGGAUCAUCAAAUUUUCACAUUUUAUAGGGAGACAUGAAUAAUAAUGAAAAAAUUAAUAGAGGUUGUGGUGCGGAAAGGCCUGACAUGGUUUGGAGAAUGAAUAAUUUUAGAGAUA